AUGAUAAACUACACGGAAAUACAAGGUGAAGAUGAAUUAAGGAGGAUACAAAAUGAUGGUGAAUUAAAGGUAAUACAAGAUGAUUGUGAAUUAAAGGGAAUACAAGAUAAUGGAAUGCAGGAUGCCGAUGGAUUAAACGGAAUACAAGAUGAUGUUGAAUUAAAGAGAAUGCAAAAUGAUGGUGAAUUUGAGGAAAUACCUGACGAUGAUAGAUUAAAAGGAAUACAAGAUGAUGUAGAAUUAAAAGGAAUACAAGAUGAUGUAGAAUUAAAAGAAAUACAAGAUGAUGUUGAAUUAAAAGGAAUACAAGAUGAUGUUGAAUUAGAGGAAUACAAGAUUAUGAUAUUUUGA